AUGUCCGUCGCCAAGAGUUACCAUAAAGAAGUGGCUCCAGUUUUGGCCUACUGUGCAGAGUUUCUCAAUAAGAUUCUCAAUAGAGCACAUUUUCCAGCACACCGUCGUGCAAGAGCAACUCCAGGAGCAACUUCAAAAAGAGACUCUCUCCCAUGCUCCAAUGUCCAUGAUGCUUGGAGCUCCAGAAGUUCUCUCAUUCGGACAGAACUUCAUCAGAUCCUUCGGAGGAAAGCGUGUCCUGGACAUUGGUACCUAUACAGGAGCAUCCGCUUGGCAUGGGCAUUGGCUGUUCCGGAUGAUGGAGAGGUUUAUACAUUUGAUAUUGACCAUACAAAUUAUAAGAAAUACGGAGUGCCAGUGAUUUCGAAAUGCGAGAAGACGUUCAAAAAGAUUCACGCUUUUGAGGGAUCCGCUUUGGAGGCAUUGGAUAAACUGAUUGCUGAUGGUCAAUCUGGAACCUUUGAUUUCGCAUUCAUCGAUGCUGACAAGGCCAACUACAGUAACUAUUACGAUCGUUCGGUGACACUUCUUCGCAAGGGAGGUGUCAUUUUUGUGGACAAUAGUCUCUGGAGCGGAUCGGUCUGCGACCCAGCCAAGCGAGCCGAGAGCGAGAGCACACAAGCCAUUCACGAUGCCAAUGACAAGAUCUAUCAGGACGAUCGUACCUAUUCGGCUCUUCUCAAUCUUGGAGACGGAACUCAUGUCGCUUUCAAGAAGUGA